UUAUUUAUUUAUUUAUUUACAUAUGUUGGUUCUUAGGUUUGGCUCUCCAUUUGGAGUCUGUUAUAUCUGUUCCUUGCCCUACUCUCUUGGAAGAAUCUUCAUCUUCCAUGCCAAGAGAUUCCAGUGAAAGCAACUUAGAUUGGGGUAAUUUAUCACGAGAAUUGACAGAAUUUCAAAGUAUGUUCCAUUCCAAUAUGUUGACAAGUAUCAAAUACUGUUUUAUCAUUAUAGAGACAGUCAGUUCUUCUAAGCUAUCUAUCAAUGUGAUCAAGGAAUCCAAGGAUACCGACUCACAAGGUAAGAAAGCCAUUCAAGUAUUCGUAAUAUUAAUUCUAUUUCUUUGUGAAACAACUAAUGAAAUUACAGAUUCUAAUGAGGCAUCUCAUGCAUUCUUGGACUCUCCUAAUCUUUCUGCUCGAUCUGCACAGUCUCACUGUGGUUACCAAAGAUCCAAUUCUAUUACAACUGAACGUUCUCAACGUGAUUGCAUUCAAACAUGCCCUCCACAUCCUUACUUUCAGGAUAAUGCUUCAUUUCAUAGUAACGUAUCUCUACAUGGAGGAUUUGGUUUGACGAGAAGAUUAUCGUUUACAUCAUCUAGAAUAAGAAAUGAUGAGAAUAAUAUAACAAAAUUACCUAUUGUGGAGCCCCUAUUUGUUAAAACCAAAAAGGAAUUGCGUUAUUGGAUGAAUUGGAUCAAUCAAAAUAUUCACAUGGAAGAAGAAUGGGAAAAGAGAGUUUUGGCUUUGAGAAAGAUUCGCUCGUUGUUGUUAGGAAAAAGUGCAGCAGGAAAUGAAAUGAUGAGCGAAUUUUUGAAAAAUAUAAGAUGGGCAAUUCAAAAGAAUAUCAACGACCGAAGGUCCAUAGUUGUUCGAGAGACUUGUGAAACCAUUCAGUUGUUAUCCUUUCAUGUAGACUCGAAUACUUUUGAUGUUCUCUUUUUACAAUUCUUUGAUCCUCUUUGUCGUAAUUGUGCGAAUACGAUAUUCGUCAUCGCUUCUUGCGCCGAUCAAUGUAUUCGAGAAUGCAUUAAGAAUUCUUCAAGUCUUUCAUUCCUCGUUAAACUUAUUCAAGCAACCGAAUCACUUCAUGGAGUAUUGAGACAAAAAGGUUUCGAAUGGAUUGCUCUCACACUGCAGCUAGUCACUCCACAACAGUUACAAAUCGUACAUAAACCAAGCAGAGAAACUUACUGGAUCAAGUUGCAACGUGCUGUUGAGAAAGGAAUACGUGAUAAACUUCAACAAGUUCGUGAUGAAGCUAGAAAAUGUGAACAGAGCAUGCAAAUUAUGCAAAACUUGGAUACAAAGACUACUACUUUCUAUUAAAAAACAGGCAACCCACUUUGUACCCCUU